AACAAUAAAAAUAACAUUAACUUAUGAAUAUAAAAGCAAUUAUUCCAAGUAUUUCUUCUCUCUUUAGUCCUUCUUCAUUGGUUCCUCAUAUAAUUAUUAAUAAUUUCUCACAAAUUCCUACCAAUAUUUCUGAAGUCUUAAAAAAUAAAUUUAGACAUUUUUCUGACUUAGAUAUCAAUAUUCAGGCUAUAAUUUUAGAUAAGGAUAACUGUAUAACAGUUCCUGGAGAACUUGAGCUAUAUCCUUCUUAUAAUGAGAAAUGGCAACAAUUAAAGCAAAAUUAUAAUCAAAUAUUCAUUCUUAGUAAUUCUUCUGGCACCUUUACUAAAAAAUAUCAAGACGAAGCUCUUAUAUUAGAACAGAAACUAGAUGUUUCUGUUUUACGCCAUAAAAAAAAGAAACCUCAAUGUUUUCCUGAUAUCAUAUCUUUUUUAACCCAAAAUUUAGCUAUUUCUCCCUCUCAAACUAUUGUUAUUGGCGAUCGUCUUUUUACUGAUAUUUUAAUGGGAAACAAAAUAGGUGCAUGGACAAUAUGGAUUCAAAAUGGUAUAUCUACAAAAUACAACAAGGUAUUUCUCUCUUUUCCUUCUUUCUAACCUUAGUUUCUUUUUAUUGAAAUUUUUAUUUAUCAUAUACUCAAAUAUUUCAAAAUUUCUCCUCUUAUUCCCUCAAAAAAACAUUAAAAAAAAGCAAAA